AACCAGUAGACUAGGUCAACGAAUUUAUUAUUAUUAUUAUCAUUGUUAAAUGUGUUAUUAUAUAAUAUAAGAAAUAAUUGUAACCGCCCAAUACAAGAAAAUUAUGAAACGUUUCCAUUUAAAUAUGAAUAAGUGCCACCACUGAUAGCAUAACGAUUUAAGUGACUUCAUUAAAAUGCAUACGAUUUGACAUUGCUACCUCUAUUUAAAUAAAAACUUUCUUUUUAUUUACCAGACGAAAAUUCAAAUAGUUGUUGAAAAAUAUCCAGAGAAUCAACAGUUGUUUCUAAUUACGAUAAGCACUCUUCCAUGGAAAUGAAGAAACAAGUUGUGCCGUUAACGCGGUUUUUCGACAUCGAUCUCGAUUUGUGUUAGAAGCAUGUGUAUCUGAAAUGAUAAUUCCACUGACUGUGUUGUGGUUUUAUAUCUUAUCACGUAAGUAGAGCAAUUUUUACCAAAAACACCACUUUAUUUAUCUAGAAAUUUGCACUGUUGCAAAUUCUUUGCAACUGCUUUUCGGUGACUGCCCUAUUUAUUACGAAGAACCAUGCAAUACCAACAUGGUCAAAUUUUUUCUCACCGCGGGUACAGCGAAUUUAUCGAGUUACCACCAAAUAAACCCUUUCAAAGUACACUUACCCGAAAAAUUCGAUAAACUAGCACCAAUCAAAAUUUUGAUUCAUGGUUAUGGGGGUUUGGGUAUCGACAAGGCUAUCAAAAGCGUCAGGAAAUCUUAUCACGAAAUCGGAUACAAUGUUAUUUUAGUCGAUUGGGGGCCUCUGUCAGAAGUGCCUUGCUACGCCACUGCUUAUUUGAACACUUGGCACGUAGGACAAUGUGUAGCAAUUUUAGCAGUAAGCUUAAUCCCGUUGGGUAUCUCCCCAAGCUCCCUGCAUUUAAUCGGGUUUAGUCUAGGAGCACAUAUAGCAGGCUUUGCGGGAGCUAACAUUAACAGAGCUUUGAAAAUUCUUCCUGCAAGGAUAACAGGCCUAGAUCCUGCACUUCCCUUCUUUGCAACACCUAACAAAGAAUGGAAACUAGAUCCUUCUGAUGCGAAAUUCGUGGAUGUGGUUCAUACAAGUGCUGGAACUUUUGGAAAAGUGGAAGCACUUGGACAUGUCGAUUUUUACAUGAAUGGGGGAGCUUUGCAGCCGGCUUGCUAUCAAGCACCUUAUCCUCCGUUAUGUAGCCACAUAAUGGCAGGUUUAUAUUUUGCCGAGUCUAUCAAAAACAAGAAGAGUUUUAUCGGAGUACAUUGUGAAAAUAUUGCCAAUUAUAUCUUAGGAUUGUGCUCUAAAAACACCAGGGGUGUCAUGGGAGAAUUUACCAAUAAACGGAUCAGAGGAAGUUUCUAUAUUGAAACUUCCAACUCCACGCCUUUUGCCCUGGGUUACGCAUUUGAAAACUUUAUAUUUAGUUAGUUUAUUUUUUUGUAUAAAUAAAGUACAAAGGUUUUAUCAAAAUUGACUUUACUUUAGAAUAUGUUAAUUCGCACAGUACAUAAUUUUCAAAUUUAUGCUAAUUUAGGUGGAAAAAGGAAGGAUUAAACGUGGAAAUACCAAAUUUAGAUUAUGCUGAAUUUAGGUAAGUAAUAAUAAAGAUAAAGCUUGUUACAAAUUGCUGUAAACAAUCGAUUAUAUGAGAAAAGUCAUAAGCCAGAUAUGUUUAUGUUUGAAACAGGUAUUGAAAUUGAAUUUAGGUAUUGUUUAUUGAAGAUUCGUGUUUUCUAGGACGCUCUCAUUUUUUAUUAUCAUUUUAAUUUUAUACAGGGUGAAUAUAAAGUAGAACCAAGCGUUUUUCCUCCAAGAAAUAAUAAUUAAUAUAAUUUA